UAGUUUUCACAGCGUUGCUAGGAGACGACAAGCUGAGCCGAGUUUGUUUCCGGUUUACAGUUGAGGCUAAUGUGGACGAUUAGAGCUGCUCUUCGGUGAGUUCUCGGUGUUUUAGCGGCAGUAUGGAGAUCGUUCAUGUUUACUCGAAGCUCCGCAGUGAGUUCGGCCGUCAGUGUCUGUUUUCGGAUCGACCUGCUGAGCUGCUGCUGGAUCUCCCCCCGGACCCGAGCCUGACCCUCAGCUUCAUCCAGAAGAACCACCGGGACCAGGCGGUGCAGGCAUGCUGGGAGACGUCAGAGCACCAGUUGAACACAGAGCGCUUUGAGACCGGAAGCUGUGGAAUAAACCACAUGGAGGGGGGGUGGCCCAAAGACAUCAACCCUGCUGAGAUGGAACAAACGAUCCGUUUCAGGAAGAAGGUGGAAAAGGACGAGAGCUACAUCAACAGUGUUCUGCAGCUGGGCAGCGUGAUGGAGCACUGCAUCAGACAGAACAAUGCUGUGGACAUCUAUCAGGAGUGUUUCGAGGAUGAGGAGGAGGUGGAGGAAAUUCAGGAGCCACCAUCAGCCAAGACCGUCAAUGUCUUCAGAGAUCCUAAUGAGAUCAAACGUACUGUCACCAGCCUGUCCUGGCAACCUGAUGGCGGCAGGAAGCUGGCGGUCGCCUACUCAUCCCUUGAGUUCCAGAAAUCAUCCAAAGACAUGAGCCUAGACUCCUACAUCUGGGACAUUGAAAACCCGAACAGGCCAGAGAUGAUGCUGAAGCCAGCGUCUCCACUUGUCUGUCUGGACUACAACCCCAAAGACUCCCACACUCUGGUGGGGGGAAGCUAUAACGGACAGAUUGUGUUCUGGGAUAUCCGGAAAGGGAAUCAGCCAGUGGAGUUUUCUUCUUUGGAGCACAGCCACAGAGACCCAGUGUACAAGAUCAUAUGGCUGCAGUCCAAGACUGGAACCGAUGCCUUCUCUGCCUCCACCGAUGGACAGGUUUUGUGGUGGGAUGUCCGCAAGCUAGCUGAGCCCACAGAGCGUCUAGUCCUGGACCCAAGCCGGGAGGGGAACCUGGACCAAGCUUUAGGAGCUAUCUCUCUAGAGUUUGAGCCCACCAUGCCAACUAAGUUCAUGGUGGGGACGGAGCAGGGCCUGGUCAUCUCCUGUAACAGGAAGGCGAAGACCCCAGCUGAGAAGAUUGUCUGUACAUAUGACAGCCACCACGGACCCAUCUACGCCCUGCAGAGGAACCCCUUCUUCCCCAAAAACUUCCUCACUGUCGGGGACUGGACUGCUCGCAUUUGGUCUGAGGACAUCAAAGAGUCAUCCAUCAUGUGGACCAAGUAUCAGAUGUCGUACCUGACAGAUGCCUGCUGGAGUCCAGUCAGACCCUCUGUCUUCUUCACCGUGAAGAUGGAUGGCGUGCUGGAUGUGUGGGACAUCCUGUUCAAACAGAGCGACCCCACGCUGAGUCUGAAGGUGUGUGACAAAUCUCUGUACAGCCUCAGUGUUCAGGACAAUGGGUGCUUGGUGGCCUGUGGCUCUCAGCUGGGUGAGGCCACGCUGCUAGAGAUCUGCUCUGGGCUGUCGACCCUCCAGAAGAAUGAAAAGAGUCUGCUGGCUGCUAUGUUUGAGCGGGAGUCUAAGCGUGAGAAGAUCCUAGAGGCACGGCAGAGGGAGGUCCGUCUAAAGGAGAGGAGUCGCUCGGAGCAGAGCAGAGAAGAGGAGGUGGGCCGUGAGGAGGGAGAGGAGGACCCCAAGCAUCUGAUCGCCAGAGCUGAAAGUGAUUUCUACAGCCUGGUAGAGGCAGAGGUGAAGAGGAGGGAGAAGAAGGACGAGGUGAUGAAGGAAAAAGAUAUCUGUGAAGAGAAAGAUGUGAAAGAUGAAGAACAAAGAGGAACAUCAGAAUGAAGGAAAACACAUUAGCAGCUGUUUUCAAGCAGAUUCUGUCACCUUUUGCACAUUUUACAUUUAGUUCAGUAAAUGGUCAUCUGGUUAAUGA